UGUUAUUAUUGUAUGUAUACAUAUAUGUGGAGGUAUAUUAAAGAAUAUGGUGUAGGAGAAUAAAAGAGUAAGGUGUAAAGAGUUGUCUUAAGUGUAAGCUUAAAGAAGGCAUGGACAUGGUAGCACAAAUGGUUGGUUGGCAGACUUAAAUCCACAGGUGGGGGCUGCUACCAACACCUGGGAUAUUACUUCCUGUCUCAGAUACUUCAGCUCUUUACUUCAGUAUUUGACAAACGCUUCUUUCACUCGCACGCUCUUCAGAGCGGCCUUUGCUUUUACUCUAGAGCUUUUAAAUUCAUUACUAUUUUUUAAGUGUCAUAAUUAUGGUUAUCGUUUGCUAAAUUUUAUUUUAAAGUGACUGUGUUUUUUUUUUUUUUAAAAAAGUGUUCCAAAAUGAAAACCCAAUUUUACUUUAAUGUUUUUCUUUUUAUUUUGUUUACGAUAAAAGGAAUAAAAUGUACGGGAUGCGGUUAUCCAGGAGCACCAGCACACAGUACAGUAAGAUUUACAGACAAUUCAGAUGAUGUACUUGAUGAAGAAGAUUCAUUGAUAAAAGAUACUGUGUUCCCAACUUCAACUGUCGCUACUUACACAUGUGAACGUGGGUUCGAAUUGUUAGGACCCGCGAGAAGACAGUGUCAGGCCGAUGGAACUUGGACACCUGAAGGCGUACCUUUUUGCGUGUUGAAUGUUGCUGGAGGUAAGGCACCGAUGCAAUCCAGCAGCGCUGAAGGGGGUAUACCUCAAAAAGCCGUUGAUGGUAGCAGCGGUCAAGUGUACAAUCCUCAAACUUGCACGCUUACGAGGUCAGAAACUAAACCUUGGUGGUAUGUUAAUUUACUGGAACCUUACAUGGUGCAAUUGGUACGAUUAGACUUUGGAAAGGCUUGCUGUGACGGUACUUCUGGAACAAUAGUCGUACGCGUCGGUAAUAAUCGCCCGGAUCUUGGUACAAAUCCUAUUUGUAAUAAAUUUUCCGGGCCUCUUGAAGAAGGACAGCCAUUAUUUUUACCAUGCAACCCACCAAUGCCUGGCGCAUUUGUGUCCGUGCAUUUAGAAGCUUCCUCCCAUACGCCGACUCCUGUUCAGUUGUCACUCUGCGAAGCUUUCGUUUAUACUGAUCAGGCUUUGCCGAUAGAAAGGUGUCCGCAAUUCCGCGAUCAGCCGCCGGGAUCCACGGCGACUUAUAAUGGAAAAUGUUACAUAUUUUACAAUCGCCAGCCGAUGCAAUUCCGCGAAGCUCUUGCGUUUUGUCGUGCCCGAGGUGGUACUUUGGUUGACGAGAGCAAUCCAGCUCUCCAGGGUUUCAUAUCAUGGGAACUGUGGCGUCGUCAUCGGAGUGAUACCUCGAGCCAGUACUGGAUGGGCGCAGUACGUGAUUCUAAGGACAAAAGUAUCUGGAGAUGGACCGGAAGUGGUGAAGAAGUAGCAGUGUCGUUCUGGAGUCUGCCUCAAGGGAGUCAGGAAGACUGCGCGCGUUACGAUGGCAGCAGAGGGUGGCUUUGGUCCGACACACCCUGUACCGCACGGCUUAAUUAUAUUUGCCAGCAUCAACCGCGUGCUUGUGGCAGACCCGAGCAACCGCCAAACUCAACGAUGAUUAUCACAAAUCAAAGUGACGAUUCUCCAUCAACGUCAUCCUUAUCUUCAUCAGGAAAUAAUUAUCAAGUUGGCGCAACAGUUGCAUACAGUUGUAAUGCAGGAAGUCUUUUGAUAGGGCCGUCAACUCGUACAUGCUUAGACACUGGAUUUUACAAUGAAUUCCCACCAGUUUGUAAAAGUAUUGAAUGCGGUUUUCCAGCGAGCAUUAAACAUGGAGAGUAUACGCUUAUCAACAAUACCGUGACUUACUUGAGCCAAGUUCUUUAUUCCUGUGAAGAUGGUUACGAAAUGACAGGUCGAGCACGGCUCACGUGUGACAUCGACGAGCGUUGGAACGGACCACCACCGCGAUGCGAGCCCAUUCGCUGUGACCCACCUCCGCUGGUGACUCACAGCACUGUCCAACUCGAUGAAAUGAAUACCGACAAUAAUAAUCUUGAUAAAAAUACUAAUCGCAGUCUAAUUGUGGGCAGCAUUGUCACUUACACCUGCGACAAGGGCUACAAAGUAUCAGGCACCCGACAAAUUUUAUGCUUACCUACCGGAUUGUAUGAUCAUCCCGCCCCGGUUUGCUUGCUCGAGGAAAUUCGCACGACAGUCCGAUCUACAACACGACCGCCUGUUACGCGCGGUAAGCCGUUUUACCCCGCACGAACGCGCACAACAACAGAAUCAUCUUCAACGGAUGCUAAUAUUCCCACUGAGGAUAAAAUUUCUAUUGCUGAAUUGCCGGCUACUGUGCGUGAGGCUGCGGUCAGAAAACCGCCGAUUUCUCUUCACAGACCCGCUUCCUCCUCUUCCUCGUCUUCAUCAUCGUCGCCAGCUCUCAAUAAUAAUAAUAAUGACGACGAUCAUCCGCAAGACAAUGAGAUCUCAGCAAGUGGAGUAGAUAAUGCUCGUGCUAAAAUAGCAUCCGGUGUAUCAGAACCUACGGGUCCAUACCGCGUUGACACUACGACUUACCAAGCAAAACUGAGUCUUGGUGGUAUGAUUGCUCUAGGUGUCGUCGGUUCAAUAAUAAUUGUCUCCGUUAUUGCCACCACCGUAGUAGUUCUUAUGAAGAGGACUCGAGGAGGCGGCAAACAUUACAGACAUCGAGCGUCCCCGGAUUGCAACACCGUAGCAAGUUUUGACAGCAGCUCGUCGGAAAGUCGCGGUGGACUUAACAGAUACUACCGUCAGGCAUGGGAAAACUUGCACGAGGCCACUGGACAGAAAGCCAACCCUCCAUUGAGACGCAAAGACACUCUCGACGAUCCUAAUUACCGCGAUAACUAUCGUGGUAACGAGAACAAUAACACUGGAGGUGAUGAUCCUAGUGCUUUUGCUGGUAACAAGCAUUCUAAUGACAAGAAACGACAUCAUCAUCACCAUCACCAUCACCACGGAUCGACAACGAACUCAGAGUGGCGACAGUCUCAGACUCACCACCGAUAUUAAAUACUUAAUAUUUUAUAUAAAUAAAUACUAUAUAUAAAUAUACUUAAUAAUAUUAAUUAAUGAUUAAUAAAUAAUUAACAUUAUUGUAAAUAAUUUUGAGUUCGUGUUACGGCUCAGGAAUAUUUUAUCCUGAUGGAAAACAUGCCAAAAAAUAAUAUUCUAUUUAUGUUAUUUUCAAAUACUAAUAUAAGAUAAAUUUGCUGAGUUAAAUUUAUGUUUUUUUUUAAAUUUAUAUAUAUUUUAUAUUUUAAAAUUUUAUUUGACACUUUUUUGAGGCCAUAAUGGACACCUUGGCCUCACCUUUGUCGGGAUUAUAAGGAUAGGCUAAUGUGGUCCAUUUGGUGAUAAAUUUCUUUUUUAUUUUAUGACUGACGAAUUUUGAUUGACUACUGAUUGAUAUGCAUAUAUAUA